UCGAUUUAUUUGUUGACAAUUUAAUAAAAAUAAUUUUAAAAAGGAUUAAGCUGUAAUUUAAAUUAAAAUUGUUUAUUAACUUACUGAUAUCGCUAUUAGGAAGUAAUUUUUACCUUUCUUUAAAAAAGAUUUAUAGAGUUUGUAAAUAAAAUUUGACAUCAUAAUACAUAAAUUAAUAGGAAAAAUCAAUGCAAAAAAUUUUGGGAUUCGGUAUACAUAAAUAAUAGAAAAUUUUUUUGUAAGAAAAAAUUAAUUAAAAAAAAGUAGGACAAAAUAUAUAGUAUAAGAUACUAGGAACAUAUCUCAACAAUUUAUUAAACAGAAUGGCUACUGUGGAAAAAGAACAUCAAAUUGUUAAAGAAUCUUUAAUAAAGUUUGUUAGUGGUCAUAUACCGGAAGCCGAUUUUAGUGUAGUGGAUGAAAUUAUUUUAUCUUACAUUAUUUCAAUUUUGGAAGAAGCCGCCAACGAUCCAGGAUUUGAUAUUGACGGGUUUAUCGAAAUGAUGAAUGCAUAUUUUGAAAAGUUUUCUGAAAUUAAUUCGAGUAUUAUAUGUGAAUGGAUAUUUCAAUUAGAGAAGCAAUUAACGGAAGAAAGGAAAAGUAUUGAAAAUCGUUCUUCAACUGACAUUCCUUUAACCUCUUUGAGUUUAUCAGAUAUUAUUCCUGAAGAAAAAUUGGUUAACCAAAAGCAUGAAAGAGUUAAGCAUUUGUCUGAAACUAGUGAUGGCGGUUCAACAGACAGUUCAAAUUGUGAUUUCUUUUCAGAAGAGUGUGACAUUCUUCAAGAAAUGUUUCCAGAUACUUGUUACUUGGAGGUUAAGCAUUGCAUUUCAAUUGCAAAAGGGGACAUAGAUACGGCUACUCAAAUUCUUUUGCACAGACAAGAAAAUGGACAAAGUUUAAAUCAGAACAAUUGUGGUCUUCAAAAUCCGCAACGUAACGUAAUUGAUGAUGCCGAAUUAAAAAAUCGUAUAAUUGCGAGAUACUCCUAUGUUGAUAAAAAUGCGGCAACUAAAGAAUAUAAGCCAGUUGCCCCUAAGGUUGAACCAAAAAAAUUGGUUCGAUAUCGUGAUAAUAAAAUCGUUUCAUUAAGAGGCGAAAGAUAUACAGAAGUUCAUGGUGACAAUGAAGCUGAUUUGAAAAAACCAAAGAAACCUAUACAUCCGUAAUUAAUGGCAAUUACUGUAUUCAAAACUGAAGUUUCGUUAUGACAUUACGAUUAUAUAAUAUUUAAAAUAGUAUAGUAUCUAUCUAUUAGGUGGCAAUUUAUCUUCCCUUUGAAAGUAAUUCUCUUUACGAUUCAUUCAUAUUUAAAAUUAAAAAAUAGAUAACAAUAACAUAUUUUAAAAAUUAAAAGUAUUGAUGUAGUUCUGUGUAGGUAAAAAACUUUUUUAAGUAGUAUAUCUAGUUCCGUUGGAACAGAGUUAGUGGAAGUAAAAGGUGGCUAUAAAUAGUCUUAUUACUAUUUAUUUACGAUCCAAUUUUUUGCUUUUAAAUUUAUUCAUUACCAACUAAAUUUUAGCUUUUAACGCAAAAGUAGUUAUAAUUAAUACUUUACAAAAAUUUCUAUUUUCACAAAACUGAAACAAAAAUAAUAAAAAUGUUCAUUGUUUUAUGUAUUUUAUAGUCAUUCGUUUCUUGAUUCAAAACAUAUUUGGUCUUUCUAAGCCUCAAUAAGUUUUGAAAUGCUUAAUGCACAAUUAGAAUACAUAUUAUUAUUAUUGAAUUAAUAUUUAAAAGCUUUCAAAUACAAUAUAUUAACAUUAGUUUUUGAUAAACGGUGGCUCUCUUAAUAAUUUAGUUAGUUUUUUAUGAAGUAUAUGCGUAUUUAGAUGAUAAGUCUCUAAAUAAUAUUAUGUAUGAUAAAAUAAAAUUAAAUGAAAUUUUAAUCUGCAUAAUAAUAAAAAAUCAUCAUUACUAUGCUUAUUGCAUAAGUUACAAAAAUUUAAAGGAAAAACAAAAUUUAUAAACAAAUAUUUGUUUUCUCAGAUAUACACACACACAUAAUUUGCAGUAUUUAGCUUGUAAUCAAUUUUUGUUCAUUAAUUUAAUAUUCAUUUUUUAAAUCAAAUUGUCUUAUUUUAAAUAAGUAAAUUUUUGUAUGAUUUCUGUAAUUUUGCCAUGGAAAUUAUUUCUUUUAUUAUUUUUUGCAAGUUCCUAAGAAGUUUUGAAUAAAAUUCAGAUCUUUAAUUUAUUAAAAACAAUCAUUUAUCUUUUCAUGGCUUUUCAUUGUUUAUUUUUAAUAAAUUAAAAAUUAAGAGUAAAACAUAAAUUUGUUCUACAAAGAAAAUCGAAAUUAUUUAUGUAUUUUUUAAAUAUUCUAAAAUUAAGAAUUUUAAGCAUAAUAAAAAAAGCAAAGUAAAUUUAGUAGUACGUAAGUUUUUUAAUUGAAUGUGAUUUAUAAAGACAUACAGCUCUUCAAAGUUAGGAAAACAAGAAAAUUGGAUGUUUGUUUUUAUUGUGUACAUACCUGCUUGUACGAAAAUUCAAAUUUAUUCUUAGUUUUCAAGAAAUUAUAUUUAGUUUUCUUUUUUUUUUUCUUCCUUAUAAAAUCAAGUUUCUUGUUCUUGUGAGGAAAAAUGAAAAAUAUUAGUUAAGCAUGGUUUUUCAGAUUUUAAUUCUAGCAUAUUUGAAGAACAAGUGACAAAAAUGAUAAGGAAAAUUUAUUUUCAAUCGAUAAUUAAUUAAUAUUUGUUAUUGAUUUAAUUAAUUUUGUACUUAUUAGAAGUUUCUGCUUUAUAUUCUACAUCAUCUUAAAAGUAUUUUUUAAAAAUUAGAUAAGUAUGUAUCUAGAUAUAUAAAAAUCUCGAAAACAUUAUUAAAAAUUUUAUAAAAUGCACUUGUAAAUUCAAAUACUCCCUUUGCAUUUAAACUACAUAUUUGUAUUUUUAGACUAAUAAGCACAUUCUUAUUUAUAUACAUAUAUGCUGGUUUAUCCGAAAAGUAAUGAAAAGCAACAUGAUGUAUAGGAGUUAUAUAAAUUUAUUUAUACAUUUUUGAAAUUUACAAAAUUAAGGAAUAUUUUUCUUUUUAAAUUAAUUGACUUUAAAUUACCUUACCAUUAUGUAAAUACCUAGAAUAUAUUAUGUACAUAUAUAUGUACGCACUAUACAUAGGGUUUUGUUAGAAAUUUUAUAAAGGGAGCAAUAGGAGAAAGUGAUGAAAAUAAAUUAAUUUUCAUUUAGUAUUGAUUUUUUUACUUUUAAACUACACUAAUUAUUAAUUUUGUUUUUAAUUUCAAAUUGAAAGUACAUAGUUUUAUUGUGUUUUUAAUGAAAAUAUAGGUUUUUUUUCAUAAGACCUGCAUAACCUAUUUAUUGAUUUGUCACUUCCAUUGAAUAAAAACUGUUCCACAUAAAACUUUUUCACCAUAGUUAAACACCGAUAUAAUCAAUUAAUAUUGCACCAUAUCUAAUAAUUGCAGCUAUAAAAUAUUUACUUAUCAUUGACACAAAAAUGGAAAAUGAUGCUAUAAAAUAGUUCUUAUAAGAAGCACUAAAAAAUAUAUCCCAAAUAAAAUCAGAAACAAUAUAUGGGGAACACAAAGUUAAAGAACUUGAGACAUAAAACUCUUAUCAAAUAAAAAAAAAUGUCUAGUCUAGCUAAUGUUUAAUAAAGAAUGCUCAUACAACAUAAUGUAGUAUAGAUUAUUUUAAUUUGUCAGUAUUUUUUUCGUUCUUUUUAGUAUUAAAACAAGGAAAAAAAUUAAAAAAAAAAAUAGUUUUUAAGUUAGAUAAUAUGAAUUUAAUUAAAAUUUUAGUGGAUUUCAAUGAAUAAAUAAAACAGUUAAUACAUGUUCAUAAAUAUUGUGCAAAACUAUACAUUAUAAUAAAAAUAUGGUUACAUAGAAAGUAUAGGCACUUGAUGAAAAUUUUUUCAAAGUCGGUCAGUAUCGUUUUCAUAGGAUGCAUCGUCUAAAUUUAUGUAAAUUAUUCUUCAAAUAAUUAAUAAUUACGAUAUGAUAUUGUAUAUUUAUAUAAUUAUGGCAUAUUAUGGAACUUUUCUUAUUUUUUAUGAAAAAAAAAUAGUUUAAUUAUGUUAAUAAGAAUAUAAAUUAAUAUAUUUUUAUUGUAAAAAAAAAAUUACUCAUUUCUACAAACUACAUAUUGUAUUUCAAAUAAAACAAUAAACUUUCGUAAGUAAUAGUUA